GACGGGGGGUGCAGAAUCGACCAGGACCCCUGCAAAUAGCAGCAAGCGUCAAGCUGAUCAGGAUCUCAAAUUUUGAGAUCCUACCGCCAGGAUGACGCAUUUCUUCCACGGUCUGCGAAAGCCGAAGGCAGGCGCCGCGGACAAGGCUGGGAAUACGAAGAGCCGGGCGUGGAUCGAGGAGCGGGGCCGCGACUUUCACCCCGCCUUCGCCGUCGAAAGCCACUAUGACGAGCACCAGGAGAAAUACAUCCCCGCUGAGCUCGCAACAAUUAGGGAACUGGAAAAUCUGCUCAAAGAACAUGACGCCACCGCGUCACCCGAUGAGCCAAAGUUCUACCAAUACUCAUGGCAGAUGGUCCUCAAGACCCUAGAGGAGGCGAAGGAAGCCGGCUCUUCGCGCAAUGGGUGUGCUUCCGCUGCUAUCCAGGGCCUGGAGCUUUUGUCCCCGCUGAAGGAUGUCAUACCCGAUGAAUAUGGGCUGAAUGUUGUCAAAGGCGUUUUGGGUCUGGUAUUCGAGACGACGAAGCGAGGAAUUGAGAACAGAGCCAAGAUCCUGGAGGCCUUCGAGACUGUCCCGGAGACUAUCUUGACAAUCCAGACGGCCUACAACUACUUGAAUCCCACGGAAGAUGACGAGACGCUCUGUAGGGAUUUCUGCAGGACCCUUGUCAUGACAUUGCCCGGGUUGCUGGAUGUCCUGCUAAAGAGGCAGCCAUGGUACCGAAAGGUCAAGGAAGCCCUGACGUUAAGGAUUCGGGAGACUCUAACGGUCGAUCAAGUCCUAUCUGACUGGAAUCGCUACCUCGCGACCAUCAAGGAGCGAUUGGAGCGCAUGAAACUCAAGAUUUCGGCAGCCACUGCCUAUCACAGCACCGAGUCGCAUCGACUGGGGUUGGAAGCGAAUGAGAACAUAAAGGUCCUUCAUGAUGAGCUCCACGGAGCACGCAGCGACAUAAAGGACCUAGUCGCUGAGGUCAAGAAGCAGAUUGGGGCUGAGUACCGGGAGAUCUUUGCCUUUCACAAGGAACAGUCUGGUGCGCAAGCAAUGACAGGACUCCUGUACGAGUUCAGGGCUCUAUGGAAAGAAUCUCGAGAGGAGUACGAGACUCAACAGAGCCAAAUAUUCCGCUUGGAGCGUGCCUACUCAGAUCUGACUCAUGAAAAUGAAGCACUCCGUUCGUCCAUUUCACUUUGCAGUACGAGUUCUCGUGAUACCGAACCUGCAACGAUGGUGUCACCAAUUGAAUUGCUUGGGAUACUUGGAGUCUCGCCGCAUUCUGCACCCCAAGAUCUUGAUAUUGUCCUCCAAGAAGCCAGCAAAUUCAGAGCGCGGUCUCUUGGGCAAGUGCGAUGGCUUGCUAGGACUGAUGAGUUUACUGAGUGGCUUCGCGCUGCGCAGUCAUCCCUUCUCUUAGUGGAUGGUCGCCUGGAUACCAGCCCAGCAACGAUGGUCAGCCCGAUGUCCGUGUUCGUCUCGACAUUCAUCUCCAGCCUGAUCAGCAGCCCUGACUGCCUACCACUGUUCUUCUUUGCAUCGCUACAUGAUGACAAGGAUGCAGACCCUGAACUCAGCGGUCCCACCGGACUGAUGCGAAGCCUCAUCACACAGCUCCUUUUCAGCGAUAAGCUUGCGUCGCCAAACCUUCGUUUUCUGCAUAAAGGUUUCCUUCACGCCUGUGAGAGCAACAACAUCAAAGCACUCUGUGAACUAUUCAGACGGCUGGUCUUGCAAGUUCCCCCAGAUUUGCAAAUACUUUGUAUUCUCGACGGAACUGCGGUGUAUGAACUGGAGCCAACAUGGGGCGAGGAGAUUGAUUAUGUAGCCGCCUUGUUUCAGCGACUCAUUGGAGAUCUGAACGAGGCCAGUUCACUGCGGCUGAAAGUGCUCUUUACGUUUGCGUCACAGAGUCUACAAAUCUCUGACAGAGUGGAGAUGUAUCCUGACAUAUGGCAGUAUGUUUCGCUGGCAGAUGGCCAUGUAGAUCAUCUGUCCCGACUGGAAUAUUAUGAACUGGGGUGAGCCAGUAGUAAGAGAGGGGGAAAAAGAGAAAUGAUUCUUUGUAAGGCGAGUCCGGCGACCAGGACGAUAUCUUGUCCACUAUGGGCGGAUAUCAGGAACUGAAGAAGGGGGUCGCGCAGUCAAUAAAUCUCCAGUCUGUGACUAUCCAUAAGUCCGCGUAGAAACGAAUUAUUUAGAACUCAACUCCUGAAAAG